UCAGCCUCGUCACGUGCAGUCCUGACCCUGGAAACCUUCACUCCUCGGCCGACCUAGUGUCUCUCCUUCCUUCGACCUUCUCGGCUUUCCCGGCAGUCGGCGUUCUCGUCUGCGAUUUGCUUCACCUCCGGCAGCUUCGGCCUUCUGGCGUUCCGGGCAGUAGGUCUGUGGGUCUCGGCGUUCUCGUUACCGUGGGUCCGGCAGCUUCUUUCUCUCCCUCCCCAGUCCCCGCUCGAUUCUGUUCAACCGGAGCUGAACCUUUGACUCCUGACCUUGGCCGGGCCGGUCCAGUUUUCAGUACCUUGGUGCUUAGUUCACGCCAGUUCUCCAACCAUCUCUGUGCCUCUCCCUCCAACUGUCCACUCCCAAGCAGCUAACCCACGAGGCAAAGACUCAACUAAAGAUUCUUCCCUCAAGCGGCUUCCCAAGCCAAUGCAACAAGGGAUGGGGCAAUUAACUGAAAGUCGGAAUAGUCUUUCCUGUAAAGAAAACUUCUCUGGGCGUGUGUAAUUUAUCAAUUAUGCAAUAUGUGAUUGUGAGUGAUGUUAUGGUCUUGCAAGGCAUGGGCUAACAGUCAGAGAAAGUAUAGAGAGAAACCCAAAAGAGAAGGGUGCAAGGGAAAUCGAAAAACAGAAAGAAAUUGAUGAAAGUGAAGGCCACAAGGGGAGAAAGGGAGGUGCUUGGGAGAAGGGAUUGUGCGUGAUAGAGACAUAGAGAGAACAAGUGAUAAAGCCAGCAAUAGAGGAAGAGUGACAAUUUCAAUUCAAGUGGGAAUGGAAAUUGUAGAAUCCACAGCUCCAGUGGCAGAAGAAUGUGAGCUCUCAAUUCCAAGGGGGGGGCCUAUAUAUGUUCCGAAUCUGGUUGGUCCCUGCACUAGGGUUGCUGAGUUUGAGAAUUCCGUCAUCUGUGAACUUCAGAAUUUAGAGGCAGAUUUGCAUCGAGACACUUCUGAUCUGUAUGAUGAUGAUAUCUCAAUUGAUGAGCUUAAAGUAUAUACGGAAGAGGAGUUAAUGAAUAUGGCAGUGAAGACAGAAUUAAAGGGUACAGAGAACAAUGAAAAUUAUCCUCCAACUUUGGACCAAUCUAAUGUAGGGAUAGAACAUGACCACAGAAUAUCAAGCAAUGGUCUUACUUCAUCAAAUAUGUCUGGCACAGGAUCAGAUGCUCUUACAUUGUUUGAGCCAUCAAAUCCAUCAUCUAGAACUACAAUCAACAGAAUUAUGAUGGGAAAGAACUCAAGGAGAAGAAGAAAAGGCACAAAUGCUCUAUGUGUUCAGGGUGGUUGUACAGAAAAGGUGGAUGAAGUUGUAAAAAUCAAGCAAAAGCAGGAAGAGGACAAAGUGGCAGUCAGACUUCAUUCAUUCAAUCCUGCUUGCAAGAACAAUCAAUCUGCCCUCAAGUCAGCUAGAACUGAAACAAUGAGAUCCCUUAGGUCUACAAGUUCUUCCAAAAAGCUUAAGUCAGAGGGUCUUCAGGAACACAUACCUGUGCUGUAUCCUGAAGUUGUACUAACUGUGGAGGUUUACCAUAAUGUUAGAAAGUGUGUAAAGACUCAAGAAUUACUGGUUAUUGGAGGACAGACUUUAACUGCUUUAAGGGACAAGAUCUUUUGCUCAAUGGAUCAGGUGAUGCAAAAAGCUGGACAGCAUGAUCCUUCUGGCUAUUUUCUCAUUGAAGAUGUAUUCUAUGUUGAUAUGAGGGAUCCGUCUGCUAUUGAUUAUACCUUUCCCAUAUUUGAUUGGCUUAGAAACUCCAAGGAGGAGGCACAAAAAAAAUGGGAUUGUAUAAUAACUGGGGAAUUAAGACAAAAACAAAAAGCAAUCAUGGGUGAAGCAUCUGUCUCACAGCUGCCUCACUUAACAUCUGUUAACAUGCAGAAUAUACGAUUUUGUGACAUAAGAUUCCGACUUGGUGCUGGAUUCCUCUACUGUCACCAGGGAGACUGCACUCACACACUAGUAAUACGAGAUAUGAGGUUGAUUCAUCCUGAUGAUGUGCAUAAUCGAGCUGCUUAUCCAAUAAUUACUUUCCAACUAAAGUUGCGUUUUCAGAAAUGUAGUGCUUGUAAGAUUUUCAGAGCUACGAAGGUCACUGUGGAUGACAAGUGGACCCCAAAAAAUCCUUGCUAUUUUUGUGAUGAAUGCUUUUCUCUUCUUCACAUAGCAGAGGAUGGCUCUCUUUAUUAUGCAGACUUUCUGGAGUAUGAUUAUCACCAUGAUUAGCUGCCCUCAGCCAUACGUUUAACUCAUCAAUUGCCAAAUGGGAUAUCAUGAAGAUCUAUUGGGAUUUUUUAUUUGAUGAGAAGCAGUGAGAGUUCUAGGCAUCUGUUUUGCAAUUCACUAGAAUUAAUGAAAUGAUUUGUUUUGGUUUGAACAAUUUGAAGCAUCUGUUCAAAUUGCAAACGAACUGGAUGCUCAUCGCCUCUAGUUAAAUUCACAUCCAGAUAAUCUAUGCUGUCAGUGAGGAUUACUACUUGUACUCCCAAAAAUAGAACAAAAAAAAAAAAAAAAAACCACAUUCAGAUGGCUUGUCAUUUUGGAACCUCCUUUUGUUGCUUUGGAAGGUAACUUCUUUAGGGGCCCAGUGCAAUGGAGAUUAUAUGGGUGCCUAUUUAAAUCAUCUUGUAUCAUAUUGUCUGAUCAGCAUCUUAUUGCAAAAGAUGUGAAAUCGUGCCAAUCUAUAAA